AUGGUGGUGCCCACCGUUAAUCCUAGCACUCAGGAGUCAAAGGUGGGUAAAUCUCCAGUGCCACAAGCAUGUCACUUCAGAUGCCCAGCAGGCCAGAAUUUCAGUGUAGCGAAAAUCCGGAAAUGCAGGGCCAGUGGGAGAGGCCCUAUAAAUACCUACAGUCUUUCAAGGCCUCUACGUUCCAAAUUCAACUCGUGUUUCAGGCAGCGUCUUGCAGUUCCCCAACUACACUUGGGAACAAUUCUUCGGACUCGCAGGCGCAGAUUAAAGACUCCAGGGCUGGGCGAGGCCGUCCCGGGCCGGCCUCCCCUCCGCCGCGGGCCCCCUGACCGGCUGCAGCCGGAGCCGACGGCCGGGCGGGGAUUAGCAGCAGGUCAUAAACAACCGCUCGCUUCCCCUCCCCCGCGCCCCGGCCCGCCCCAAGCCCAGGCCUGCCGCCGCCGCGGGGCCUGCGCGCUCCUCCGGCCCGCUCGCUCUCCUCGGCCCCGCGCUCGGGAUCGCGACGCGGAGCCCUCACCCACAGGCCGUGGGCGGCUUCCACUUCCCUUCUCCCGACCCCGUCACCGAGCGCAGCCCCAGGGCCGGUCGCCCGGACACACACGCCCACGGGCCGCGGCCGCCCAGCGCGCGCCGCGACGCAGUCCCCGCCCCCACCCUCGGAGCUUCCGCGGCGUGUCCCCGCCCCUUCCCGGAGCCCGCCUCCCGGCGGCUGGCCUCGGGGCGCCCGCCGCCCCCUCGCCCCUCGCGCUGGCUCGAGCGUGCACCCGGGCGGGUGGGUGGGUGGGGGCCCGCCUCCCGCGCAUGCUCAGUAACUGUCCUCUCAGCCUGCCUGCGAGCUUCCCCCGCCCCUCAGCUGUUUGA